AUAUCAGAAUGGAUCAGUGUACCCAGGUAAAUUUUCCCAUAUUGACAAGUAGGGCAAUAGAACAGUUCAAAAAAAUGAAAAGACACAACACAUCGUCAGAUCUGUACAGCAGUGGACCAAGAAGUUUGCCCUUCACAAACUCUCUGGGUCAGUUACGUACGGCUUCGUCCAGACCAAAAUCCCUGAAUUUCUCGUUGGACAGUGUGAAUAGAAACACAAAGUUGGUAUAUGCCAGUGAAAGCCCCAUAUUAAGGUUGGCAGCUCCCAGUGAGAUACACUUGGGUUCCAUAUCUAGGGAGCGAACUCCACCAUUCUCUUGUAACUCCAGUAUUAUUUCCAAUGGUGGGUUUAAGCCGCCCCCCUACAUGCCACCUAAGUUCAAACGUUCUCAGGAUGAGGAAAGCACAGCCUCAGGUUCAAAAUGUUGCUGCAAAUGUUACGAUGUUGAGUCUGCGAACAGCAAGAGAUUUCCCUCCAACACCCCAGAAGGUUUGUCUUGGAGACGGCUACACAUGUCCAGAGCUAAAUUAAAAGCAACCGCUACAACUUCAGAGCUGUUAAGUGGGUUUGCGAUGAUAGCAAUGGUUGAACUUCAAAUUAACGAACCCACAAGCGUUCCUGAAUGGCUGUUUGUUAUGUUUGCAGUAUGUACAACGAUCUUAGUAGCAGUUCACAUAUUUGCUCUCAUGAUAUCCACGUACAUCCUACCCAACAUAGAGGCGAUAGCCAAAUUGGAAAUAUGUGAAAUGGUGGAUGAGAGUCCACACGAAAGAAUGCGUGGUUUUAUAGAACUAGCCUGGGCCUUCUCAACGGUACUAGGUCUAUUCCUCUUUCUAAUAGAAGUAGCCAUAUUGUGUUGGGUCAAAUUUUGGGACUACUCGUUCACAGCGGCAGUAGCUGCCACAGUCAUAGUCAUACCAGUACUAAUAAUAUUCGUUAUAUUCGCCGUCCAUUUUUAUCACUCCUUGGUAGUUUACAAAUGUGACAGCUCCAUAAGCCACAUGGAAAAACUUGAAGACAUGAAGAAACAUUUGGAUGAAGUGUCGCCAUCUGUCCAAAUAAAUAUUUAGUUUACUCCAAGUCUCAGGGCAUCCAAACUUAAAAGAAGAUCUCCAAACAAAUGUAUUAGUUGUUAAUAAUUAUUUGUGGUGUUGAUAGUUGUUUUUUUGUUGACUUUCUCGGUUAUAAAGAGAAUUUUAAAUGUGAUAUGACAUGUAUUACUAUGUUUGGUGCAUAAUUUAUUAUUAUGUUUUAAAAGUAUAAAACAAUAAAUAUACGAAUGUUAA